CGUCAGAGUCUGGAAUGAAAUGUCCCCAUUUUUCCAGGAUAGCACAAAGGUACAAGUGUACUUAAGGUUGCACGAUCUACAACUAGAGCAGCUGUCGAUAACAGCUGUUCGCGCUCGGAGACGAAACCUUUCACAGAGACAGUACUAAAGGACCGAAAGUGGACCCGCAUAUCAUGCACGCCACUCAGCUAGUCCGACUCAAUUGGUUAGAAAGGUCGUAGGAGGGGAUUGGGUGCGAGAGCAAGGCUGUGGGAUGUGUCGAGUGUCUGUGGGGGACAUUUUUAGCGCCGUGGUGUGGAUGCACUCGCUGGAUUCGGAAACCGAGGGACAGUAUAUCGAAAGUACGGUUUGACUUGGCUUGCAUCCUACCCCUUCCCUUCCCGCCAUGCAUGCCAUGUGGCAAGUAUGCUGUGAGGUGUGGCUUACAUCCUGCAAUGGCUUAUGGCUUGCUGACAGGUUGUCUCUAAACAUUGACCUGUUAGGUACCUACGACGGUACUUUUCACGUGAGUACGUCCAGCAACAGAUUGAGGAAGAGUCGAAUCAUCCCAUGUUCUGAACUGAAGGAUCGUCUCUUGGAAUCGUAUGACAGGAAAGAGUUUGAGGCAGAUUGCAGCUGACAGCAGCCUUUGAACUUUUCCCGUAGGCUCGGACGCCCCAAUUUGCUGGGCGAUCGUGAGCCAAACUUCCGAAUCUUUGGAUAGACAAGGGUGUCUAGCGAAUGAGAUGUUUUGGAUACGAAGUGUCGCAGUCACAUUCUCUGUGAAGGAGGUCAGCCGCUAUGCGAGUAGGCGGGCUUGUUGUUGGAAGUAAGUAUGAUUUGGUUGAUUGUUUCUGGGAAUGUUGGCUGGAUCUUCGAACUAAUAUGGCAGUUCCUUUCCAACAAGAUAGACCUUUCUUUUGUUACAGAAAGUGGUCUUGGGACUCGUCAGAAUUUGUUCUGGUUGAUCAACUCUCAUGUUUUGGUCGAGAUCUCCGCCCAACGUAUUCAGACAGACCAGUCGCAGGAUACGAUCAACUGCUAUUCAAUACCCAAAAUGAGAAGCCACAGAUGAGACGGACGGGCCCUAGAUUGGCUUCAUUCUUCCGAAACGUUAGACUUUAUCUCAUUGUGGAUCAUAAUACCCCAGAUUAUCUUGCUAAGUGCAAACAGCACUAUUGCAUCACGUGUUCUACUAUUCUUUGACGCUUGAGUCUCGCCUGGGAGCGGAAAAAUGCAAGCAUCAUUUUAUGAGCCCAGAGACUUACUUGACGGAUGAAAGGGAGAUAUUGAAGCCAACGUGAGAUGAAUGGGUUCUUCCGGAGUUACACAGAUGCUUUUGUCGAUAUUCUAAUGAUGUACCCGGGUUUGACCUACAAAAGAGGAAAUCUUUAAUCGAAAUGUUGGUCUAGAUUGAGGCAGAUAAAGAGUCUUUUGGGUAAAGCAACGAGAAUCUUCAUGAUAACCGGGGAAAGGGAUCUCUAGAACUGGGGAAUCUGCAAGUAUGAACCGAUUUCCCGGUGCUGUGCCUCGAGUUGGCAUUCCAGAAAGAUUCUGUCUGGUCGCCGGAGGCCAGAUCCAGAGAAAAGUCAUAUCCAGGAAGAGAUACAGCGUUCCCUGUGGUCUGGAAAUUCACGAUGCUACGCCGGUCGUGGCCUGUUGAGCGGAAAUGGACAAUGCUGGCAGUUGACCCUGUCAAGGGCACAGCUUCUGGGCCGCAGGGAAGAUUACCGUGCGUUUAAUGCGGGGAGGCCGUCCCGUCGCGCCGACUGUCGACCUAUCAAAUGGAUUUUUUCAAGAGUAUCUCACGCUCAGCUGCAAUAUGGGCAGAUCAAGCGGCUCGUUACGAUGCGGUUGCGGUAUCAAGAGCCUGUGGCUGCUCGAUUAAACGUGGUCACUCUGCCGAGCUUAGCCAGCCCGUACCCAAGCCCGCCUUCUAUUUACCCACGUUUAGCCUGAUUUAUUUACAUACUUCCCCACUUUAGCCCUGUCUCCCGAACGAAUUGUACUCCAACAAAGUACCCCAGACUGCUUCCCCGGCCGUGGCCCCUUGAUAUGGCAAACCUUGUUCAGACGCGGGGUUGUAUCAAAAAAAGUCCAAUGGAUCUGGCGCGACCCACAAGAAUGAACCUUGCUCUUCUCACAUGAUGCUCACUUCGGAAUAAAAGAACACGUUUGGAUAAACUCUUCAGACCGUGGCGUUGGGUUUAACUUUUUAUCCGUAACAGCAGUUUGUACAGUAACGCCCAUGGCCAGCAGAAGAUCGGUGGUCCCUUGGUCCCUGGGCCUCUCUCUAGAUCCUCGGGCUUCUAACCCACACGAUCUCGUCCUGAAAAGGAUAUACGAGGAGCGUUGCAUCCACGAGACGACGUGCAGCAUACCUAAACCCCUUGAAUUUUUAUUGUUUAUCCUAACGCCACACCCCGGCUAAUCCCCUGCUGUGAACUAUCUGACUGCAGAUGGAUUUUCUUUAAGAGUGGUCGUUAUCCUAUCCUCGACAGACUUGCUCAUCCUCGAAGUUUCAAGGCCCUUGACUGCGGAGCAGCAAACACCUACUGUCAUCUCAUCGACAUUGACAUUCAUUCUUUGAAUCAGGCAAUAUGGUGGCCAUCGGAGUAAACACCAAGCAGGAUGCGCUGCACGUCGCGCAGGGCGAGGCCCCUCAGUUCGAGAAGGUUCACUGGCUUUCGAACCCAGGUCUUAGGAAGCUCUACUUCUGGGCCGCAGUUCUUUGUGUUGCAUCUGCCACCACAGGUUAUGAUGGUAUGCUUUUGAACACCUCCCAAAACAUGGACCAAUGGCAGGAUUUCUUCAACAAGCCCACUGGAAGUAAAUUGGGUCUCAUGAACGCCAUUUACCAAAUCGGAUCCCUCGUCAGUUUCCCACUGGUUCCAUACAUGGCAGAUUGGUGGGGACGUCGUCUCCCGAUUGCCAUCGGCUGCGCAAUCAUGCUUUUGGGGGCUCUUCUAGGCACAUUCGCUAAUGGUUACGGAAUGUAUACCGCCGGUCGUUUCGUUCUCGGUUUCGGAAACUCCAUGGCUCAGAUGGCUUCCCCAGUCUUGCUCACCGAAAUCUGCCAUCCUCAACAUCGUGGCCGUGUCACUGCCAUCUACAACUGCUUGUGGAACUUGGGUGCCCUCUGCGUUGCAUGGCUUGCUUGGGCAACAAUCGAGAUCGACGGUAACUGGUCAUGGAGAUCUUUGACUCUCCUCCAAGCCGUCCCAGCCGCAAUUCAAUUGACAUUCAUCUACUGGGUCCCAGAAUCCCCACGUUGGCUGGUAUCCAAGGAACGUUACGAGGAAGCCGAGACCAUUCUUGCCAAGUACCAUGCCAAUGGUGACAAGACCAACGCCACUGUCGCUUUCGAGUUCCGUGAGAUCAAGGAAACUCUCCGUCUUGAGUUCGAGUACAAGAAGGCCAGCACAUACGCCGACUUCUUGCGCACCAAGGGCAACAGAUAUCGUUUGGCUCUUCUCAUCUCCCUCGGUAUCAUUUCCCAAUACUCUGGCAAUGCUCUCUUCAGUAACUACAUGAACCUCAUCUACGAGGGUGCCGGCAUCAAGGACCAGAACCAGAAGAUCCCACUCAACGGUGGACAAACUAUGUUGUCUUUGAUCGUCUCCGUCAGCUGCGCUUUCCUCGUUGACCGUGUUGGACGUCGCCCACUCUUCUUGGCCUCAACCACUGGUAUGGUUGCCAUGUUCCUCGCUUGGACCAUUGUCGCAUCCCAAUAUGAGAAGACCAACGGAGCUAACCCCAAGGCCACCGGAUAUCCUCAAAUCGUCUUCGUCUGGCUCUUCGGUGUCUUCUAUUCGCUCGCCUGGUCCGGUCUCCUCGUCGCCUACGCCCUCGAGAUUCUCCCAUACAAGCUCAGAGCCAAGGGAAUUAUGAUCAUGAACUUGACUGUCCAGGCUACCUUGGUGCUCGGAAACUACACCAACGCUAUCGCCUGGGACAACCUCAAGAAGCAGAAGAAAGCCUGGACCUUCUGCAUGUUCUACACCCUCUGGGACUUCCUCGAGCUCCUCUUCGUCUACUUCUUCUACGUCGAGACCCGGGGUCCCACUCUCGAGGAACUCGCCAAGAUCUUCGAUGGUGAGAGUGCUGAGGUUGCCCACUUGGAUCUCCACGAGGUUGAGAAGGACAUCCACAACGAGCAUGAUCCCAUUGAUGAGAAGCGCGCAACUGUCGUUAAUCAAUCCACCGUCUAA